UUUUGGUUUGCUAAUUGAAUUUAAAGCUUCCUCAGCAUACUGGAGAGGAGAUAAAGAGCGUGAAAACUUUGCAAAGGGUCUGUGGAGUAUCUAGCCCCUACCAAAAACGCCUAAAGCAGGAAUACCUACCUUGCAAUGCUGGAAGAAUCAAAAGAAUGUGAUCACAUGGAACUGACCAAGAGGCAGGAUCUAUUCUUCUUUCAUCCUUUAAGCCCUGGAAGUUGUUUCUUUCUUCCUCAUGGUGCUAGAGUGUGCCACAAACUGUUGGAGUUUAUGCGCAGUCAAUACUGGAAGCGAGGUUAUGAAGAGGUUUGGAGCCCAAACAUAUAUAAUAUGCAGCUGUGGGAAACUUCUUCUCCUGUUACAAACUAUAAGGAGAAUAUGUUUGUAUUUGAGAUUGAUAAACAAGAAUUUGGUCUCAAGCCAAUAAAUUGCCCUGGCCAUUGCUUAAUCUUUGACCAUAGAGUUCGCUCGUACAGAGAAUUGCCACUUAGGCUUGCAGACUUUGGAGUUCUUCAUAGAAAUGAGGCCAGUGGUGCACUUACAGGAUUAACAUGUGUCAGAAGAUUUCAGCAGGAUGAUGCUCACAUAUUCUGUAGGGAGUCACAGGUCAAGGAUGAAGUCAGAGGUGGAUUAGAAUUCAUGGAUAAUGUCUACAAGACAUUUGGGUUCACCUAUCAGCUGAAGCUAUCUACAAGACCGGAAGAAUAUCAUGGAGAAGUGGCAACUUGGGAAAAAGCAGAAGCUGCUCUUUCAGAUGCGCUCAAUGAAUUUGGGAAACCAUGGGAGAUUAAUGAGGGCGGUGGAGCAUUUUGUGGGCCAAAAAUUGAUAUAAGUGUCUCUGACGCAAUGAAAAGGAAUUUCCCAUGUGCAACACUACAGCUGGACUUUCAACUUCCUGAGUGCUUCAAGUUAUCUUAUUCAGCAGAAGAGGAGAGUAAGAGGGAGGUACCAGUUAUGAUACAUAGAGCUAUCCUUGGUUCUGUGGAGCGCAUGUUUGCUAUACUCUUGGAGCACUUCAAGGGGAAAUGGCCUUUCUGGCUAAGUCCACGCCAAGCAUUGGUUUGUCCUCUAUCAGACAAAUCUCAAUCAUAUGGAAUAAAGCUGCGUGAUCGGAUUCAUGGUGCGGGGUUUCAUGUUGAUGUUGAUACAUCGGACAAGACUGUCCAGGAAAAAGUACGAGAAGCUCAGAUUGCAGAAUACAACUUCAUAUUAGUGGUUGGUGAAAAGGAGGUUACCACCAGAGAGGUUAGCGUUCGAGAGAGAGACAAUCCCGAUCACAAGGUUAUGACAGUCGAUGAGCUCCUUUCUCACUUCAAGGACUUGGUGGCAUCAUAUCAGUAGUGGUUCUUCAUUUUCUCACCGCAUUCUUUUCCUACUUCAUACCUUGUUUCUUCCUAUGAGAUAUUACAUUCUUUGAAUAUAUUUUAUCAACUACCGUAUGUUUCUGCUCUGUUUAUUUCCAGUUUUUGCAACUUUACCCUUUGCAAAUUACAAGUAAGUACAAUUAAUCAUACAGAUUCUAUGCGUGUUGGGCUA